AUGCCCGUGCUCGACUCAGGCGGCGUGAACAAAAUAUGGUAUGACACCGAUACCUGCCGGAUAGAAUUAUCUCACCCCGAUCUGGAUUCUUCGCUGGUUUGUUUAUCCCUUCUGCCUCCAGAACGCGGUAUGCUUGUCUUAUAUUUAUACCCCUGAACGAGGACAAACUGAAAUGUUUUUAGAGGAGCGCUCACUGAUCGUGUUACGAAACUCACUCGUCCCGUUGUGCCUUAGAUCUCUCUCUCUCUCUCUCGAGCCCGAUCAGCAGCCACACAGUGGCGCAUAGUAUAGGCUGCGAGGUUGCCUAUUACGCCAUUGUUAAAAUAUCUGAUCGCGACGGAUAGGACAACGAGCCCGUGCCUCAGGGGUUCGGGCGUGGGAAUUCUAAUCAACUAAAAGCAGGUCGGAGCCACAAGGUUUGCAAACCUCAUGAUUGGGUGUGGAGGGCUGAUUACUGCAGAUACGCCAGAAAUGGCCAUUGCAGUCUCCCUUGUCCUUUUCCAGUAAUGCACCCUACCUCCUGUAGUCCUACUGAUUGCCUAUUUAGUUACCAUGAACGACCGGGUAAGUAUUUCCUGCUGAUUAAAGCUGCUAUUCAAACAGCUUAAACCUGCCUGGGUUCGUAAAGUAUAGCUCCCGUAGCAUACACGAACUGCAUCGAUUCGUGUUCAGCCCCCAAUGUGCCGUGGAGGAUGCUCGAACCUCGCGUUUAACCUCUGUUUUCUUUUUGUGCUCAGGCAGAGAAAAAUGAUGGAUGCCUCUUGAGAUCCCCUGCGAAUUCGGACUCCAAUGCCCACGUUAUUAAGCCAAACGGGAAGGUUUGUGGGAACGAACAGAGGGGGGAGAGGUGUGGUCAGACGGUGUUGGAAGGGGGGGGGGUGAGGGAGCGAGAACAAAUACUGCUGAUCAUAAGAAUCUAAAACACUCCUCCCGCUCCCACCUCCCCCCGGCGCAGCCCGACAAUGGCUGGUUGGAUCCACGUGACCUUUCAUCGUGCACGUGUUCACAUUAGCACGCUUCUGGGAAAUUACGGAGACGACGUCCACAUAAUACCUGGUCUGUUUGAUUUCAAACCCUGACUUGGUGUUAAUCUGAGGUCGGGGAAAGAAGGCUGCUCUAACAGCGUGUCACAAAUAACACUCAAGUUCACCAGCGUCACGUGACUGCGGUGUUUCCGCUCAGACCUUGUUUCAGGGCACUUUCGAGCGAAGAUUUCCCGGGCGAUUAUGUGGAGACCAGCGGUCAAGGAAGGAAAGUUUUCCGUGUAGUUGACAAGAGGGCUGUGUGCUGGUAAUUAUCUCAGCUCCACUUAUCUGCUGUUAUAAGAAACGACAACUGAUUUCGGUGUAGUCCCCACGUAAAACGUUCUUAAGGACUGCUUAGUAGACUAUGCAUCUACUCUGUAAUGUCAUCAUCCUCUGCGCAAUUCACCCUGGUGAGAGAAUCUUCCAUGUUAGUAAGCUUGUCUCAUUCUUCUGGUCCUCAGUUGAUUUAAAAGGCAACCCUAAUCACUUUCAGAAUGCGCUGUUCUUCCAUCACAAUUGGACAAACAAUGGAUGGUGCUCAAAGAACAUUGGGGACUUGUGGCCGACUUUGUCAAGAUGGACGAAUUAAUUUAUGUUUGGGGUAAUCAGAAUUCCAUCUUUAAACCCGAAACAUGUGCCUUGGACACUGAAAUUUAGUCAACUUAGUUUCCACCUUCUGAUAAUUAAGAAUUUUGUGUGGCUUGGUCACCACUGGUUUGCUUGGCCAGCCCCCCAACAUGCGCAAUAACCCUGCGACAAACCUAUCUGACCCAUCCCAUGCGCUGAUUGGGUCGCCCAGCUUGGCCAGGCAACCAAUCGUCUCUUGGGGAAUUUUAUAGGCGUGACAGACCUCGCAUUGUGAUUGGCCGAAGACAUCUAGCCGCGCUUUUCACGGCCUACUGGUCUAUAUAAGGGUCUCUCGUCCGACCGAAGACAUCACUUCUUCUUCGCACGAACCCUCUUGCAGCACGCUUGGUGGUGUUUUUGUCUACUGAAGUCUCAUGUGAGUCCCGGUUUAUGCAUAGAUAAUUUGAAUUCUUGCUUCUAAUGAAUUCGAGAUUUACGGACAUUUAUUUUCUUUCUAUUCCAGGGCUCUCAAUCUAGUUUUGCCCACAGUUGGCCACCAGCCAACAAUCGGGAAUCCACCGAACCUUUCUCUAGAACGCCUACUUCAGGCUGCGGCCUUAGUGACCGCAGAUUCCUCCAAGAUAAUCGGCUGUCUUCCACGCAUCCAGCUACCUCGACAGGUGGUAAACACCUCAACGGCCAGUCUCCCUCUAACCUUUGGCCUGCCGCUGUUACGACCCAGGCUGAAUCAGUGUUCACCGACGCCUAGCCCUCCUGUGGACACAAAUCCACCCCAAACUGACCGCCUCACAUCAAUCCUCACGGCUGCUGUGCGUCUUGCCGUCUCCAGUUUUAUGGGCAAGCCUGAGGUACCCAUCCAGGGCAAACUGAUGGUCCAGCUCGGUUCGUCUGAUCAUCUGACACUUUCUUUCAAUGAUGAACCGCAUCUCGCCUCGCCAGUCCGCAGUGAUAGCAAUCCAUCGCAGGAGUUUGUGCAAACCGCUGCACACGAAACUACCACAUCCUCCAGACGAAAAUCCUACCACCCCACGAAGCUGGUCUGUCCGGGAGGGGAGGAGUCGGAACCUGUCCAGCCCAGCUCCGACUCUGGCCGCGCCAGUCCUUCAGUUGAUUCCGGUGCUCUCGAUUUGUCCCGAGCCGGUUCUCUCUCAGACUCCGCCCCAAUGACACCGUCCAAGGAGUCCUGUUACAGCCCCCCUCAUGCCUACCUCCUGGAUGCACACAGUCACUGGCUACAGACACCGGCUGCGAACGUGACCCAAAACGCCCCCCUGCUCCUGCCUCGCCAGAAAGAUGGACCUGCGCGUUGCCCCAGAAUCCGCCCCGCCGUGGGUCGGCGAAGCAGCCUCUCACGAAGGUUUCCCUGCAACCAGUGUCGAGACGAAUUCUUCUCCCUGAAUGCCCUCGAACAGCACACCCUGGCAUGCCAUGGCACCUACAAGUGUCACAUCUGCAGGGCCGACUUCACUCAGCGCUCCAACCUCCAGCGCCAUGCUCUGAAACACAUCGGUUUCAAGCCCUUUGAGUGUCGUGUCUGCGUGAAGGCCUACUACCGGAAGGACCACCUAAUGCGUCACAUGGAGAUGGUGCAUCCGGGCUUUGCGCCGCGCGAGAACAUCACAGUGCAUCUGACCUCUUCCGAGAGUCUGGAUUACUUGGACAAAAACCGGAUUUCCGCUGAGCUGCCUCGUGCAUCCGAAGACGGGCAGGCCGCGCACGAUGGGGAAGCCAGGACGGCUGAGGCUGAGGCUCUGGUGGGAGCCAGCGAGAGAACAGUGGCGCGGACACAGGAUGGAGAGGCAAGUACGAUGGAGUGUGAUGAGCACGACAACUCUGAGGAUGCCGAAAGGAGCCCUUAA